GACCGCUUACCCCCCGAGGAAACUUUUGUGACUUCUGAAGAGGGGGUGGGUAUCGGUUUUGUCGAGGAUAAAUCUAAGUUGUAAGGUUUAAAGGAGGUUGGCUAAAUGGAGUCUGAGCCGAAUGAGGGUAAAACUAUGCGCUCUUCCAAACACCAGACUAGCUCCAGCAAUAGACUGGAGUUUCUCACACCUAUGAUUAACAGUUGCAAGUUGCACCUUACAAGUGUCAAGUCACUUGUACCGGUUAAAGUGGGAGAGGCAAUGAAUGAUUCUCAAGAUUUUAUGAAGAAAACAAAUAUGAACAUCACCCAAAUAAUUAAACAUACUUACUCAGAAAAUGGGUUACAAGCAUGCAGUCGAACCAGAGUUGCCAGUGAGAAUGCUGCCGAUUUUCCUCCACGCAGUGCAGUGCUACUAGCAGGUGGUGCUCCGGUUUCAUAUGCUGUAAAUGAGGACAGAGACAAACCAAGAAGACCAACCCACAGUGCAGGGGCCUCAUGCCUUCAUUCUGCUGUAAAAAAUCACAGGGCAGCAUGUAAAUAUGGUGGUUCUGGCAAAUGUAAUCACGUUGCUGCAUCAGAUUUUGCCUUCACCCAGUUACCUUUUGCUUCCAGUUUUCAGCGAAUUGACUGGGACAGGUGCUCCUUGAAGGAAUUCCCCCAGCUGGAUGUCAUGAAAGAGCUGCAGCUUCUCAACGUCCAGCACAAUCUGAUCACCAGGAUCCAGCAUCUAUCACAUCUACAGCAGCUUAUUCUCUUGAACUUGCAUGACAACCACAUUGCUGACAUGACUGGCAUUGAGGCUCUGUGGUCUCUUAGGAUUCUAAUGCUGGGAAAAAACAGAAUCCAUAAAAUUUGCUCUCUGGAAAAAUUGUCCAAACUGCACAUCCUGGAUUUGCAUGACAAUCAGAUCGGCAGGAUAGAACACAUCUCUCACCUGAGCGAGCUGCGCGUGUUGAACCUGUCUGGAAACCACAUCUCAAAAGUGGAAAACCUGCAGGGCAUGGACUCCUUGACUGAACUAAAUUUGCAGCGCAACUACAUUUCUUGUGUGACUGAGGUGGACCGCCUGCCCUGCUUGCAGCGCCUCUUUCUCAGCUGCAACAACAUCAUCAGUUUUGAUCAGCUAGCCUGCCUUGGAGAGUCACACUCCCUUUCUGAGCUAACCCUGGAUGGGAAUCCUGUAGCCCUGGAGACAUGGUACAAGCAGGCCGUCCUGCGCUGUGUGCUUCAUCUGAGACAGCUGGACAUGAAGCGCAUCACAGACGAGGAUCGGCGCAUGGCAGGUGUACAAACUCGAAAAGAAGAGGAAAAGAAGAAGGAGAGUCAAAAGCAGACCAUUCAUAAGGAGAAGCGGCGUCUUGCAAUCCGUAAUGCAGCACAGCAGUGGGAGGGUGUCAGGGUCGGCUUGGAGCUGCCCCCUGCAAACGGCGCUAAGGAGGAUGUUAGUCCAGAGAACAGCCCUGCUCACAGCCCCGCACAGACCAAUGGCCUUGCACAGGAGCCUUCUCCAGAUGAACCAAGGCGGAUAAGCCCAGGUUCAGGACCAGAACGACCAUCAGGAGGAACAGAAAGCAGACUCCGCAGCAACAGUCGUCCAAACAGCCCACGAGAUCCUAAACUUGUGGAGGCAGGGAGUGGGACAGUUCAGAGCUUGUCCUUGUCUGACAGUCACCUGGCAGAGCUGGAUGGAGACACCCUGCGUUUAUUCGGACUUGGAGCCCUGGAGGCCUUGGAGAGGGGUUGGGGUGUUCAGACUGCUGGUGCUGUCACUGUUAUAACCUUCCGCUAUAUCAGCUUUGACGCCAUUGUACCUACACUGCCAAGAAUAAGGGUCAAGUUCCCAAAUCUGUCGCAUCUGAUCUUCCUGGAAACAAACAUCAGUCGUCUGCCGCAGCUGGCGGCCUUGGCUCAGGUGAGGCGUCUGGAUCAGCUGACCAUCCACCCAGAGGGCAACCCAGUGGUCAGUCUGGCUCUGUGGCGCUCAUUUAUCAUCUACCGCCUCUACCACUUCAACCUCCAGAGGAUCAACGGCCAGGAGGUGACCAUGAAUGAUGUGAUCGCUGCAGAGCGAGUGUUUGGGACUCUGGGUCACAUAGCAGCCACUGAAACUCCACGUUGCCGGCUCCUCCUCCUGCUGGAGGAGUCCAGGAAGCGGCAGCUGCAAUUCCUGUUGGAGGGGCGCGGCCGGCGGGCAGGGCUGAGCCCGGAGGAGCUGCGGGAUAAUGGGAAGCUCCUGGGCGAAGGCCUGAGCAGAGCACUGUUUAACUACCCAAGCAGGGACUGCAGUGCAGAGAGCCCCGAGGAGGGUGCUGUGGAGGUAUCAGAGCGUGCUGCCAUGAUAGAGCAGUACCUCCAGGAGUUGGUCCAAAGGGCAUCAGACACCAAUCUGAAGGGCGAGGCUUUACACAAACUCUGGCCAUCCAUGUUUGCAGAGAUGGUGAGAGACUGUGUGUUGGAGAUGAGGGACACAGCAGCCUUCCGCCAAGCCAGUUUGGCAAAGCUCUCUGAGACCAAGUGAAAAGGACCAAAGGUUCACUCAUAGACCACAUACACAUGCACAUAUGGUGGAUGUUGCUUCCUACUGCUUUUCCCAUUUCAGUCUCCAUCUAUAACACAUCAUCACCAAGUGAUUUGAUUGGUUAUCAGAUGGAUGUAGACUAUUUUAAAGAUGUCUGAAGAAUUGUGCGUCUGUAGACAUCUUGACUGAAUGUAGGUUUUCUCUGAAAAUACACAAUGUGAUUCUUCCGAGUUGAGAGCCGAAUCAUAAUUGAAAAAUGUUUGAGGAACUUAUCGACUUGUUGUGCAUCGUCAUCGCUACUGAGCAUCCUCUGCACUUUAAAAGCCUUCUUAAUGGCUCCUUGUACUGUCACCAUCAUCAGCUGAAAAUGACCAGUGUCUCUUUUCUGGAGACUUGAAUGAUUUUUCUGUCCUAUAAUCAGUCUCAUGCAUCAUCCUCUCACUUUGUCCUGCCUGACUUAAAAAAUAAGGGCACAAAAAGGACAAAGUCUUUUUUUUCCCCUUUCAUUUACCACUGAUUUUCUGUAUUGUACUUAGAAUUAAAAGAUUCUGCAUUA